GUAGGAAUAGCAGAGAGGCAUCCCGUCAUGGGUGUAGCAUACUAUUGUUUCGUAGAGAACUCCGCCUUUACUCCACGUUAAACCACAGCCCGUCCUGGACUUGCUUAUCGGGUGCCAGUUCGGCCGACUAGUAGCGGGAACGGAGGCCCCACUGGGGCAAUGGGUCUCGGAGCCAGGUCAACACCGCCGACGAAAUUCGACUCACCUCCGAGAGCACCUACCCGCCAUUCACAGGAACACGAGAUGUCCUGGAGAAACAGCAGGAUAUUUGUUUCAUAUUGUCCAUUGUCUUGAUUCCGUUCGGAGGAUACGGCCAUGUCGUUAUUUCAACCGAGCCGGGGAGUUUGCGCAGCUUGUGCUCGCUCUCUGCUUCGUUCAUCUUCAAGUUCUGCCGUCCGUUGGUAUUCAUCAGAUACGCCUGCGCGGAAUGGCCGUCCAUUGCGCAUGGCCGUCAUCGGCUCUGGCCCGGCAGGGUUUUACACCGCGUAUAGGGUCAUGAGCAGAGUCCAGGGUGCCAAAGUGGAUAUGUAUGAAGCGCUGCCAGUCCCCUUUGGCUUGGUGCGAUUUGGAGUUGCCCCGGACCAUCCCGAGGUGAAAAACUGUCAAGACAAGUUUGAGGAGGUUGCUAGUUCUGCGGACUUCACUUUCGUUGGGAAUGCCUCAAUCGGGAAUUCCAGCAACCAUAGUGAUGGUAACAACAUCCCCUUGCCCGCUCUCCUCCGUAACUACGACGCCAUUGUCUUUGCCUACGGCGCAUCCAAGGACAAGAAACUCGGCGUCCCCGGGGAGUCGAGUUUGCAGGGGAUCUACUCGGCUCGAGAGUUCGUCGGAUGGUACAAUGGCCUCCCAGAAUACGCCGGCCUUGCGCCGGACCUGACUCGGGGCGAAGACGCUGUAAUCGUCGGCCAGGGGAAUGUCGCCCUUGAUGUGGCCCGGAUGCUCCUCGAGAAUGUCGAUGUCCUGAAGAAAACGGACAUCACUGCGCAUGCUCUUGAGACUCUGUCCACCAGCCGUAUCAAGAGGGUCCAUAUCGUCGGACGCCGAGGCCCAAUGCAAGCUGCAUUCACCAUCAAGGAAAUCAGAGAGCUUAUGAAGCUCCCCAAGGUCGCCUUCCAUCCCGUGGAUCCGUCCUUGAUUCCCGAGGACACUAAGAAGUUGCCUCGGGCAGCCAGGAGGCUGAUGGAUAUUAUUCUCAAGGGCUCUACGGAGUCGCUUGAUAGCUGCUCGAAAUCCUGGUCUCUAGACUUCUGUCUGAGCCCUAAGAGUUUCGAGGGUGGUCCCGGCGCAUCAUCUUCAAGAGUCAACGCGACCUCCUUCGAAAGAACGACGUUGUCGUCUCCAUUUGACCACAGCGCUUAUGCAUCGGGUACUGGCGAGGUUAUUCAGCUUCCAUCAUCAGUUGUUUUCCGUUCGAUAGGCUACAAGUCUGUAGCCCUAGACGGGUUUUCCGAGAUGGGAGUUCCGUUUGACGAACGGAGGGGCAUUAUCCAGAACAACGACGGUCGUGUUCGGCGGGAAGUCAGGACGAUAGACGGCGCGAUGACGACUAGUAACUCCCCCGGUCUGUACUGCGCCGGAUGGGUGAAACGUGGCCCGACCGGAGUCAUCGCCUCUACGAUGAUAGACGCGUUUGCUACCGCGGAUGCCAUUGCCCAGGACUGGGAAUCUCGAGCACCGUUCUUGCACCAGGCCACAGAGGAACUCAUGCCUCGGGGCUGGGAAGGCGUCAGGAGCGAGAUCAGGCCAGACAAUGCCAGAAUUGUGCAGUGGGCUGAGUGGCAGAAGAUUGACAAGACAGAAAGAGAGCGGGGCCUAGCCGCCGGCAAGGAACGGGAGAAGUUCACCAGUACAGCGGAAAUGUUGGCAGUAGCUGGCUGAAGACAGCCUCGAAACAGACGUCGACCAGACAUGUAAUAUCAUCAUAAAAUCUACAACCAUAAACAACUCUAUUUUCUCAUGAGCUUUUCAGCUUCUCCGUCAGCUCGGGAACCUUCUCAAAGAGGUCUCCCACCAAGCCCACAUCUGCAACCUGGAAGAUUGGCGCA